GUCGCCGUCAAAUAAUUGCCAGGUCACAGACAGGAAAAAAAGACGCGGGAUUAUCGAGAAGCGCCGUCGAGAUAGAAUAAAUAACAGCCUGUCCGAAUUGCGUCGCCUGGUGCCAACAGCCUUUGAAAAACAGGGUUCCGCCAAACUCGAAAAAGCCGAGAUUCUACAGAUGACGGUCGAUCACUUGAAGGUUCUUCACCAAAAAGGACUGAACGGUUACAUUAUCCUGACCAACACGCUUUAGCUCUCGAUUAUCGAAUCGUCGGUUUCCGUGAAUGUGCCACGGAAGUGGCACGUUAUUUGGUGACGG